AUGCCCUUCCAUGCGGACCUGUGCGUGCGGCUGCAGAAUGCGUCGCGCGCGAAGCUCAAGUCUGUUCCCAUCGCGAACAGCAAGGCCAACCUGUGGAUUACUUCGAUUCUCCUGCAGCAUGGCUUCAUCUACAACGUGACGCGCGGCACCGUCGCCGGCCCGAGUGCGACCGACUGGAAUACCGCCUCGGAUGUGCGGCGGCGGCUGUGGGUCGACCUGAAAUACCGCUCGGACGACCGCCCGGUUCUGGAGAGCAUGAACCUAGUGAGCAAGCCCUCGCGGCGCCUCUCGAUGACCAGCGACGAAUUGCUGCGUUGGGUGACGGGCCGUCGUGCCAAGUUUGUGACGCCCCUACGUGCCGGCGAGAUCGGCAUUGUUGACUGUGGCAAGAACGGAUGGUUCGAGGCGAAAGAGGCCAUGCGUCGCAAGCUGCAGGGCGAGGUUGUGUGCCGCGUAUCCUGA